CAUCUCUCUCACUAGUACUACAUUAAACUGCAGCUUAACAAAAUCACACACUAAUCACACACACACACACUAAUCCUACUAUGUGUAUGUGUAGUUAAAAGAGGAAAGCAGUUAAUACAAGCUCAACCUCAUUCUUAUCCUCAACUCAACUCUGCUCCCCAUUUUCAAGUAGUCUUCAACAAACCCUAGAUCUGUUCCCUCUAAGAGUGUGGGAGUAUGAUGAGUGGCCUAUCAACAGCAGCAGCAGCUUCAGUGACGGUGGCUGUGGAUGGGUUCCGGCCGCCCUUCACGGCGGUGCAGUGGCAGGAGCUGGAGCAUCAGGCUCUGAUAUAUAAGUAUUUGAUGGCUGGCUUGUCUGUGCCCCCUGAACUUGUGGCGCCUAUUAGGAUGAGUUUGGAGGCUUUGCCUUCCAGGUUCUUUCAUCACUCUGCCUUGGGUUAUUGUUCCUAUUACGGGAAAAAAUUUGAUCCGGAGCCAGGUAGAUGUCGAAGGACAGAUGGUAAAAAGUGGAGGUGCGCUAAAGAUGCCUAUCCUGACUCUAAAUACUGCGAGCGGCACAUGAACCGUGGCCGCAACCGUUCAAGAAAGCCUGUGGAAUCUCAAUCUACUUCUCAGUCCUUGUCGACUGCAACAUCACAAAUGUUAAGUGGUGUGAGCACUACUGGGGGAAGCUUCCAGGGUAGAGGCAGUGGAAGCUCUUAUAAUCAGCCUUUGUAUCCAAUUGCCAAUACAGAGAAUCUUUCUUAUGGUACAUCAAAGUUUCAGAUGGAACCUUCCACUUAUGGUUAUAAUAAUAAAGAGUACAGGUAUCUUCAGGGGGUGACCCCUAAUGCAGAUGAGUACAAUUUCUUGUCAGAAGCUUCAAAUAGUGCAAAAGGUCUUGGGAUGGACAGUAAUGAGAACACAUGGAGACUGAUGCCACCCCAAGUUCACUCUAACCCCUUGUUAAAACCAAGAAAUGAUUCUUAUUUGCAAGGGGACUCUACACAGUUGCACUUGCCCCAAGCUAAUGAGCUUGGUGCUGCAAUGUCAAAACAGCAGCAGCAAUAUUGCUUCUUUGGCAACAAUGUAGACUCACUUGGAACUCUGAAACAAGAGCCGAAUUCUAAGCGUCCAUUUUUUAAUGAUGAUGAUGGAUGUAAUAAGAACUCGUUCUCGACCACUCAACUAUCAAUCUCCAUUCCAAUGGGUUCCUCUGAAUAUCUUUCACCAAGUGUUUGCACCCCAGAUGAUGCACUAUAAAGGCUGGUGAGAAGGGUAACACAGCUGUCUGAAAUGCAGUUUAGUGGUUGUACUUUCGAGAUGAUCUUGGUGAACACCAGAAUAGUAUGGCUUGUUUGUUCUUUUUCGGAAAUUGAGUUCAUUUCUCGUUUUGGUGCAUUUGAAUGACUCAAGUUAAAUCAAGUUGCUCAUUACACCAAUUGUUACUCGAAUUACACAAUAAUGUAUUUUGUACCAGAUGUAUGAUUCCGCAACUUUAUUUACAUCGACUUCCAUACUUUUUAGAUCUGGCAAAUAAGGUGUAGUACAGAAAUGAGCCCCGUGCAUCGGGUUUUAUGGAAUUUACCCUGGUCAGAAAAUGUUCA